AAAAGGACGAAGAGGAAUGAAAGAGCAUACCAUGAUGUCGCAGACAAACUUGAAGUAUGAAGUUGUCGAAAUUCGUAAGCGUAUCCAGUGAUUUCGAGAUCGCAAGGAAAUUCAAUAUGUCGGAUGGAUAAAGGUUGCUUUUAGCGUCGCUGGCUGCGGCUCGCCUAGAAGUUCUUGAUGCGUACAUUCUUCCUUAUCCUUGGCCCCCGUAUUGAUUGAAAGUUCCGUGAUAUUAACCAUCUCUCACAUCACAAAAAGGAUGGGCAAAACCACGAAGGACCGCCGCGAUAUCUACUAUCGCAUGGCGAAAGAGCAGGGUCUGCGGGCAAGGUCGGCGUUCAAGCUUCUUCAAGUCAACGAGACCUGUAACUUGUUUGAGACGAACUCGAGGUCGUCCGAGGAGUGCGGGAAGCCUCAUGCUCCUGAUGCAGCAGAAGUCCGGCAUGUUGAUAUUUGGAACUCCGACGUUGAAAAUAAUAUACGACCUAAGCGGCACCGCGUGGUGAUCGACCUUUGUGCCGCUCCCGGGAGCUGGACCCAGGUCUUGGCCAAGUAUUUUGAUCAAGUCAUUGCUGUCGAUUUACAGGCGAUGAAUCUGGAUACGGCGGAGCUUCGGCAGAAGGUCACUUACCUCUACGGGGACAUUACCAGGACGGACUUUCUCUGUGAACAAAUUUCUGAGGCAAUUGCGACAUUCCAGAAUGGAAGAGCAGGAGCAGCUAGUGCUGCGAGUGCAGAAAUAAAACCGACGGGCCCGUGCUCCGGCAGUAUCGUAGCACCAAUGGACAUUGACAACGGACGAAAAAACGAGGAAGUGAACAAAAAGAGGCGGAUAGAAGAAAACGAACAAGCAAUGUACCGGACAGCUGAACACCGCGACGGAAGCGAAACCACCACCAACAGUGAAGAAGAUGCCAAAAAUCUCCUCCACGUCGGCAAGGCCGACCUGUUGGUUAUGGACGGCGCGCCAGAUGUCACUUUGAUCCACGACUUUGACGAGUAUGUGCAACACCUUCUCAUCAAAGCCUCCCUGAACGUCGCAAUCAAAACCCUGAAACCCGGCGCCAACUUCAUCGCCAAGCUUUUCCGGGGGCCGGAAAACGAGAACGCGGUGGUGCGGUUGAUGAAACGGCAUUUCGCCGAAGUGGUGAUUUGCAAACCGAGGGCCAGUCGUGCAAGUUCCCCGGAGUGCUUUAUCGUGGGGAAGGGAUUUUUUCAAAAGAUUGUGCAGGAGGAGAAGGACAUGGCAAUCGGAAGGGCAGAAAUAUUCACAGGAGCUGCGACCGGUGCUAAUGAGGCUGAGCAUGGUGCGAGUAGUAGCAUCUUGCUAAUGGACGAUGAGGAAGCGUAUCCGUAUGUGUCGUGUGUGAGGACAAGACUACCAACUCUCGGGCGUGAGGACCGCAUGAAUCAGAAUGACGAAGAGCAGCCACUCCCCGAGCCGGUCGACGUUAUUUCUCUUGACCAAGAACAGGUGCCGGAGCAGCACAUUUUGGUAGAAGAUCAAAUUGCCUUUGCCACCGCCCCUAGCCGACGUAGCUUCGAUGCAGUAUCACAAGUACAACGAGCGUCACCAACAGCACCAAGGGAUGUAACAUCACCGGAAGUAGAUGUGCCGUUGCAGAACAUCAUCAAACGCGAAGGUGAUCGUAGCGAUGAGGACGCUUUUUGUUCUCUUCCUCGCCUCGCAGCAAUGGCCAGCACUGGCACAACAACUCGUGCGGCGCCAGCACGACCAGCCCGCUUCUUGCAAUGCGGUGCAAGAAAUGCGCCUGACAGCGAUAGGAACUACGAACUUGCGGCGGACCACGUCUUCACGGAACCCGUGCAGAGGCCGAUCAAACCCUUCUACGAAGACGCGCUCUCGAGGAAGCGGGGAGGGAAGAAAUAGAUGAAAAGGAAAAGCCCUUGCAAGGCGUCUGUUGACACACUUCUUUCACUGGUUUCGCUUGACCUCGAACUCUUACGUGUUUCUCGAGCAAGCACAUACACAUAGCGACACAAUCUCACGACAACAUUUUUUGCAUCACAUUCCAAGCAAAGUUCAACAUUCAAAUCGAAGCAUCAAGCGCCUU